GGAUUCAGUAGUUUGUGGGUCGUCUUGUCGUUUUGUUUGUUCGAUUUAAAUAAUAGACGUUGACGUGGGAGUGUUUUGUCCAGUUCAGUUUUGGGUAAUAAUUAAAUUAAUUCGUGAAAUAGUGAUUAAAUACACAUACACAUAGAAAAAGAAAAAGAUAUACAAUGUUAAAAAAUAAGGUCUCAAUUGCGGUGUUUUACACUGCCUUCUUUAUAAGCAGUGCCAUUCAUUUAGUGCAAUCAACUAUUAUGGAUAAAAUACGAGAUGAUCCGGACUUAUCUCAGUUCUAUACGCUGCUGGAACAAAAUCCAAUAGCAAAUUCAACUUUAGCUUUGCGGGCUGUAACGGUUUUCGUACCUACAAAUGAAGCUUUCCAGCGCCAUCAUGCUAGCAACACUUCCGUUCUGUAUCACAUGGCCACUGUCGCCCUCAACCAGGACCAACUGCCGAAGACUAUUCCUUCAGACAUGGAUGGUAAUCCUCCGCUUUACAUCACAAAGAAAAGCACCGGAGACAUUUAUGUUAAUAACGCCAGGAUAAUUCCCUCACUUUCUCUGCAAUUGGAAAACAGCCUGGGAAAAAAACAAGUGAUGCAUGUAAUUGAUGAUGUCUUAACACCUCUAUCCGUACUGCCAACAUCAAAAUCUGAAAUAAUUAAUCCUGAUGCACUGCAAUUCCUUCAACAAGCUGAUUCAAUGAGCAUCGGAGAUUAUCGCCUAAGAUCAUACCGUGCUCAAGUGACACUUAUGAAAAAAGAAAGUCUCUAUCAAGCUGCAGGCGGCCACACUUUUCUUAUUCCCAUCGAUGAAGGAUUCAAGCAAACAACUCGAAGCAGCUUAGUUGACAAAAAAGUUAUUGACGGCCAUGUCAUUCCUCACAAUGUUAUAUUUACUGCAGCGGCUCCCAUUGAAAUGCCACAAACCACUGCAUCAUUUGAAGACAACAUUCGUGUUACUGUAAGCUUCUUCCAACAGAAGGAUGGCAAAAUGUACGUGAAAUCAAACACACGUAUUGGGGACGCAAAGCAUUCGAAGGGUGUUGUUCUGGCCGAAAUUGUUAAAGCUAACAUCCCCGUCCGAAAUGGUGUCGUUCACUUGAUUCAUCGACCACUCAUGAUUGUCGACACGACUGUAUCCCAGUUCCUUCAGGACAAUGAAAACGGUGCUCUACGGAAGUUUUACGAAGUGAUAAUGGAUAUCGGAGGAGAAGUCUUAGAUGACAUUAAUAAAUUAGGUGAAGUAACCAUACUAGCGCCAAGCAACGAAGCGUGGAAUCAAUCAUUUAUCAACAAUAUUAUUAGAAAUCGCGAGAAAAUGAGGGAAAUUCUUAACAUGCACAUAAUCAAGGAUCGCUUAAAUGUUGAAAAAAUUCGCCAAAAGAACCAAAACAUGAUUGCUCAAGUACCAACGGUCAACAACAGGACAUUCCUUUAUUUCAACAUCAGAGGCGAUAACGCUGAUGAAGUAAUUACAGUCGAAGGUGGUGGAGUGAACGCAACUAUUGUCCAAGCAGAUGUUGCCCAGUUAAAUGGUUUUGUUCAUAUUAUUGAUAAAGUCCUCGGAGUGCCAUAUACAACAGUCUUGGGCAAGCUAGAGACAGAUCCUAUGUUAAGUGAUACCUACACUUUAAGUAAAAUGUCAGAUUUCAACGUUCAACUGAAUAACACUCAACGAAGAUACACAUUCUUUGUGCCCCGGGAUAUGGCUUGGCAGAAGACCCAAUUUGAUUACCCAUCAGCACAUAAGAAGCUUUUUAUGAGGGAUUUUGCUUAUCAUUCCAAAUCUAUUCUUGAAAGACAUCUUGUUAUCUCAGACCGUACAUUUACAAUGAAGGAGCUGGCUACAAUGACUGAGGAAAGUGACUCAAUUGUUCUCCCAACAUUCCGGGACUCCCUAAAACUGAAAGUUCAUGAAGAACUAGGACGUUUACAUGAUGAUUACGAGGACCAUGAAUGGACUGCUCGUAAAUUUCCAGGAUACUACAUUCAAUGGAACUUAAAGAAGAUCAACGUUUACCGGCCCGAUGUUGAGUGCACAAAUGGUAUAAUCCAUGUUAUUGAUUAUCCAUUUUUAGAGGAGAAGGAUGUCGUCGUUAGUGGAGGUACAUAUAGGACACAAAUGAACUUAGCGUUCUUUAUUGCAAAUUUAUUGUUGGUAUCAGUAGCGAAAGUAUUAUAAAAUGUGUAAAUUUUAAAUUCUUAAUUUAAUUUGAAAAAUUCAAAACCAAAAAAUUAAAACAAAUAAACAAAAAUUACAUCACAAACUUCUUUUCACAUAAAAUAAAACAAAAAUCUUUCUAUUUUUCUGUUGAAACUUAAUCUGAAAACAUUCCAACAAAUAAAAAAAAUUAAUGUAUAUUUUAUUUAAUUUAAUUAUUUUUAUUUAAAAUUUGCCUGUCUUCUUUGUAAAUCAGAAAUAGUCUUUUUUUCUAUUAGAUCAUUUUAAGUCUUCUGCAUACAAUCAUUACAUAUAUAAAAUAUUGAGUGUCUAUAGAUAUUAAUUUAAACUGUUCCUUUGUUAGCAAAGAUAUAUCUAAUAUUAUAUAAUAUUUAUUUAUGUUUGUAUCAAAUAACUUAUACCAUGUGAAUGAACCAUAUAAUAUAGUUUUGUUAAGCUUAACUUUCUGUUCGACUUUUCCUUAAUCAUACAAAAUAUUUCUACCUACAUACUUACUACCUGGUAGACUUUACUAUUUUUUGUAAAGUUCAUAGAGCGAAAUAUGUUUUAUAAAUUAAGUACAAUAUUUAAAUUAAAUAAAUGUUCAAUUUUUUCUAAAUUAUAAUUUUUAUUUGAAAUAGUGAACUUUUCUUAUAAACAAACAAAUUGAAUUAAUUAAUUAGAGAUGUAGAUAAAUUCAGCAAUACGAGAAAUAAUAUUAAACAAAAAACAUGAAAAACGAAACAUAAAAAUAAAAAUAAUAAAAUAACAUGUUUUGCAAUUUUCAUCACAACAACAAAGACAUUAAUUCUAUAAGCAAUUGAAAUAUAAUUUAAUUUUGUUCUUAAACAUUGCAUGAAUUCAUAAACAAAUCUAAGUACAUUUCUCAUCAACACAAGCAUGAUAUGUAUCGACACGAAAAAAAAAACUGAAAACUGCCGAUUAAACUUAAACUCAUAAUAUCAGAUAUUAUUACAUAUAAAAUAAAUUUAACAGCAAAACAAACUAAAAUUAAAUUUAUUCACUAUCAUAAUGUGUACCUUAAGUAGAAGAGUGAUUUAUUAAAUGUUAAGAUAUAAAACUAUAAUCAUAAAUAAAUUAUUCAUUGACCAGAAGUACUUCAGUAAAACUAAAACAGAACUAAAAAAUAAAUUUAUUAAAAAACAAAAAACAAAUAAAGCAAACCCAAAGAUAUUGCGUGUGUAACCGAGAUACAAAAUAAUGAUAUUUAUUUCUUAAUUUUUCCUAUAAUUUGCAUAAAAUUUUAAAUAAAACAAACAUAUACUAAAAUAAGUACAUAUUUAAAUAUUUCAGCAGCAGAGAAAAUAUCUAAG